AUGUUCAGUGGGACCUGGCUCCUGUCGGUCUCCAGAUGUUCAGUGGGACCUGGUCCUGUCGGUCUCCAGAUGUUCAGUGGGACCUGGUCCUGUCAGUCUCCAGAUGUUCAGUGGGACCUGGUCCUGUCGGUCUCCAGAUGUUGGUACUGGGGCAGUGUGACCGCCAACGAGGCCAAAGAGAUCCUGCAGGACGCCUCGGAGGGCACCUUCCUGCUGCGGGACAGCUCCCAGAGGGACUACCUGUUCACCAUCUCUGCCAUGACCUCCGCCGGCCCCACCAACCUGCGCAUCGAGUACAAACAUGGCAAGUUCAAGCUGGACUCGGUGGUUCUGGUCAAGCCCAGACUGAGGCAGUUUGACAGUGUGGUGCACCUGGUGGAGCACUACGUCCAGCUGUCCAGAAUCAGAGACAAGGCCCCGCCCACAACCGCAGGGCCCAACGGCACGGUGCAGCUGCUCCUCACCCACCCUGUGUACACCACCACGCCGGCGCUGCAGCACCUCUGCCGCAUCGCCAUCAACCGGACCACCCAGCAGGUCCAGAACCUGCCCAUCCCCAACAGACUGAAGGACUACCUGAUGGACUACUCCUACAACGUGUAGACCGCUUCCCAUCAUGCACUGCUCUG